AUGAAAUUCUUGAACGGACUCUUCUGUCUCUUCUUGUGCUUUCAUGGCUGCCAUGGGAAUGGGAAGAACCAGGAGGAGUUCAUGCUUCUUGCAGGUCCUCUAACCAACAACUUUGUAAAAGACCUGCAAACGAAUCCUCUUUCUGGCCAAACUUUGUCCUCCGGAGAUCCGGGCGAGGAUAUCUUUAUUUGUCGAGCUGCUCUACCACCCCAGUCCAAGGACCACUUCCAGUAUCUUCAGAGCAGAGGAGUAACUCACUUCAAGGUACCCCUGUCCUGGUCUCAACUCCUUCCCACUGGCAAAUCCAAUCAGCCCAAUGAGGACUCAGUGACUUGCUACAGGACCCUUCUGGAGCAGUUGACUGAAUCUGGCAUCCAGCCUCUGCUGGUGCUCCAUCAUUCCACCGUACCAGAAAAUCUCAGAACCAGAUAUGGAGGAUGGGAGAGUCCUGAACUACCAACUCUGUUUGAGCAAUAUGCCUCAUUUGUGUUCUCUGCUUUUGGCGACCUUGUCGAUUCUUGGAUCACGUUUAGCCAUUUUCACGAGCUUACAGAGCAAGAGCAAAUGCAAAACGCUGCCCACUGUCAUGCUAAUGUGUACCAGCUCUACCACCAGAGGUUUUCUGCCAGAGGGGGGCGUAUAUCACUUGGGAUCAGUGCUGAUGAUGUUGCCAGAAUUUACCAAACUGGGGCUAUUAACAGGGCACAUAUGGAUUUCCUUUCUGUGCAUAUCAGUUAUGACCACACUCCCGGAUCAAGCUUAACAACAAAGCUGACGGAUAUACAGAUGACCGGUGGACAGAGAUCCACCCUGAUAUAUGAGUUCCACGUGAAGAAAAGUGUCCAACACGGAGUUCAACCUCUCACCCGUGUCCUUGAAGUUUUAAGAAACACAGAUUUACAUCUGUUGGGCUGUGACAUUGUGGGCCUUUUGGGAAAUCUAGAUCAUGAAGGCCCCCAUACUAGUCUUCAGACUGAGAACCAAAAGAGUGAUGAUGUCAUUAAGAAGAAUGCUUCCCCAGCCUCGUAUCAGACUGUGUGGGACAAAUUCCGUUCCCAGUCGGCAGCUGAGCGGGACACAUUCCUGAACGACAUUUUUCCUGAAGGCUUUCAGUGGGCUGUUUCUAGUGAGUCUUUCAAAGUAGAGGGUGGCUGGUCUGAAGACGGGAAGGGUGAGACUAUCUGGGAUCGCUUUGGUCAUGAAGGUCAUGCCUUUAACAACCAGACUGCUGAUCUGGCCUGUGACAGCUACUACAAGGUGGACUAUGAUGCAUACCUGCUUAGGGGUAUGCUAGCCAAAACCUAUCAGUUCUCUAUCUCCUGGGCCCGCAUUUUCCCCAAUGGUCGUAAAGAGAGCUUUCAAGAGAAGGGGGCUCAGUAUUAUGACAAGCUGAUUGACACCCUUAUUCAGUCUGGUGUUGAGCCUGUUGCCACCCUGUAUCACUGGGAUCUGCCUCAAGCCCUGCAAGAUCUUGGAGGUUGGACCAGUGACACUAUCGUGGAGGCUUUCAGAGACUUCGCUGACUUCUGCUUCUCCAGAUAUGGCUCAAGAGUCAAGACCUGGAACACCUUCAGCAGUCCCUGGGUAGUCAGCAAUUAUGGAUAUGGCACAGGGCAGCACCCUCCCAGCAUCAAAGACCCUGUGGUUGCUUCUUUUCAAGUGACUCACAACAUACUGAAAUCUCAUGCAGAGGCCUGGCAUAUUUAUAAUGAUAAAUACCGAAAGCAGCAGGGUGGGAGAGUGGGCAUUGCUCUCAACUCAGACUGGGCAGAGCCACGGGUCCCCGCAAAUCAACAAGACGUAGUGGCAGCAGAGCGUUAUCUUCAGUUCAUGCUGGGCUGGUUUGCUCACCCAAUAUUUGUUGAUGGAGAUUACCCUGCAAUUCUAAAAAAUCAGAUCGAUCUUAAGAAACAACAGUGCUCACCAUCAGAAGUUGCCAGACUCCCUGUCUUCACAGAUGCUGAGAAAACGCGAAUCCGAGGAACAGCUGAUUUCUUCGGUUUAAACCACUACACCUCCCGUCUGGUCAGCCACAGUACAGGCAACUGUGCCCCUGGACCAGAUAUUGUAGGAGACUAUCAAUCACAUGUAGAUCCCAACUGGCCCACCACUGCCUCCAGUCAAAUCCAGUCUGUGCCCUGGGGGCUUCGUCGACUGCUGAACUAUAUUGCUGCAGAGUAUACAUCUGUCACAAAAGUACCCAUUUUCAUCACUGGUAAUGGGAUGCCAACAGAGUACAACAGAGAUGUGCUCAAUGACACACAACGUGUGGAAUACCUGAAGGGUUACAUUAAUGAGGCACUUAAAGCAAUACGUACAGAUGGUGUUGAUGUGCAACGGUUCACUGUACAGGCAUUGAUGGACGGAUUCGAAGGUGCACAAGGCUACAGUGAAAGAUUUGGCUUGCACUAUGUGGACUUUGAAGACCCAAACAGGCCUAGGACACCCAAGAAAUCAGCAUAUUAUUAUGCACAAGUCAUUGAAUUGAAUGGCUUUGUAGCAGGGAGAGUAAACAACCCAAAUGGAAUUCAUAGCACAAGAUUUCAAAGCAUGAAUCGUCCUGCUCUGCCCCCAUCUGAGGUUCCCUCUAAAUCCAAAAUUGUCUGGGAUAAAUUUUCACGUCAGACAAAAUUUCAGUGGAAGCUUUACCACUAUGGGACUUUUCCCGAUGGGUUUCACUGGGGUGUUUCCUCUUCAGCAUACCAGAUUGAAGGUGGCUGGAACGCAGAUGGGAAGGGACCAAGUAUCUGGGACACCUUUACUCAUGGCCCCAAUACCAUUCCUGAAGUUGCCAAUGGUGAUGUGGCAUGUGACAGUUACAAUAAAAUAGAUGAAGAUCUUUACAUGCUAAGAGCCAUGAAAGUAAAGAGUUACAGGUUUUCCUUAUCCUGGUCCAGGAUUUUCCCCAAUGGCUUAAGGGCUUCCCUUAACCAGAAAGGGGUUGACUAUUACAACAGGCUCAUUAAUGGCCUCCUAGCAUACAAUAUCACACCCAUGGUGACACUCUACCACUGGGACCUCCCUCAGGCACUACAGGAUGCAGGAGGUUGGGACAGUGUCAGCAUGAUUGACAUCUUCAAUGACUAUUGUGAUUUCUGUUUUGCAACCUUUGGAGACAGAGUCAAGUUCUGGAUAACAUUCAAUCAGCCCCACACCAUUGCAUGGUCAGGUUAUGGAAUAGGACAAUUUCCUCCCAAUGUCAAGAGCCCAGGAGAUGCUCCAUACAGGGUAGCACACAACCUUCUAAAAGCUCAUGCCAAGGCUUAUCACACCUAUGAUGACAAAUACAGGACAUCUCAAGGUGGACUAGUAUCAAUCAGUCUCAACGCUGACUGGGUUGAGCCCAAAAAUGUUGAUGACCCUCAAGAUGUGGUUGCUGCUGACCGUGCAAUGCAGUUUCAGCUUGGCUGGUUUGCACAUCCCAUAUUCAAAAAUGGUGACUAUCCAGAUGCCAUGAAGUGGCAAGUGGGCAUUAAGAGUGAACUUCAGGGUCUUCCACAGACUAGGCUACCUUCUUUUACUGAUGAGGAGAAAGCCUACAUACAAGGCACAGCUGAUGUCUUUUGCAUAAACGCGUACACAACCAAAAAAGUCCAUCAUAUAACUGCCAAUGUUUCCCCUGCAUCUUAUGAGGAUGAUCAGGAUCUUCAAAAGGAGGAUGAGUCAGAUUCUCAAGCCACUGCCUUGAAAGAGUUAAGGGCUGUUGCACGGGGCUUGAGGAGGCUUCUCAAUUGGAUAAAAGAGGAGUAUGGAGACCCAGAGAUCUACAUAACAGAAAAUGGAGUGUCCACAGACUCUAAGACAACACUUGAUGACACAGACAGAAUAUUUUUUCUCAAGACUUACGUCAAUGAAGCACUCAAAGCAUACAGCUUGGACGGCGUGAGGGUUAGGGGCUACACAUCUUGGUCUCUCAUGGAUUCAUUUGAAUGGCUUAAUGGAUAUGAAGUAGGCUUUGGGCUUCAUCAUGUGGACUUCAAACAUCCGGAUCGACCAAGGACUCCAAAACGCUCUGCUCACUUAUACUAUCUCAUCAUGAGAGACAAUGGUUUUCCUCAGCCAGAGGAAGAGAAACCAUUGUACGGUCAUUUCAUGAAGGGGUUUGCAUGGAGCACUGCUACAGCCUCAUAUCAGAUUGAAGGCGGCUGGAGAGCGGAUGGAAAAGGCUUGAGUAUCUGGGACAAAUUUGCUCACACACCACUAAGGGUGGCAAAUGAUGACACCGGUGAUAUCGCAUGCGACAGCUACAACAAAAUAACGGAAGAUGUGGAUAUGCUCAAACAGCUGAAAGUUAACCACUAUCGCUUCUCCAUAUCAUGGCCCAGGGUUCUGCCAGAUGGAACCACCAAGCACAUUAACGAGGCUGGACUGAAUUACUAUCACAGACUGGUGGAUGCACUGUUGGCUGCUAAUAUUAAACCACAGAUUACCCUAUACCACUGGGACUUGCCUCAAGCGGUGCAGAACCUCGGAGGCUGGGAAAAUGACACCAUUGUUGACAGGUUCAAGGAGUAUGCAGAUGUCAUUUUCAAUAGUCUUGGAGACAAAGUGAAGUUCUGGAUCACCAUCAAUGAGCCUUAUAAUGUUGCAAACGUAGGCCAUGGCUAUGGAGCUGCCGCACCAGGUAUAAGCUUCAGGCCAGGUACUUUGCCUUACAUUGUGGGCCACAACCUCCUAAAGGCUCAUGCAGAAGCUUGGCAUCUCUACAAUGACAAGUACAGAGCCAAACAGGGUGGAAUGGUUGGCAUUACCAUAAACUCUGACUGGGCAGAACCCCGUAAUCCCUACAAACAGGAAGACAUAGAAGCAGCCAGACGUGUUGUGCAAUUCUACAUUGGCUGGUUUGCUCACCCUGUGUUUAAUGGAGAUUACAACGACGUGAUGAAAAACAUCAUUCGUGAAAGAAGCUUGGCCGCUGGCCUUCCCAAAUCUCGACUCCCAGAAUUUACUCCAGCCGAAAUACAGAGGGUUAAAGGCACCUACGAUUAUUUUGGAUUCAACCACUACACAACUGUUCUGACAUAUCCGCUGGACUACAAGAAGCUCCAGCACUACGAUGGAGACAGGGGGGCAGGAACUAUUGCUGACCGCACAUGGCUCGACUCUGGCUCCUCCUGGCUGAAGGUGACCCCCACAGGUUUCAGAAAAAUCCUGAACUUCAUUAAAGAAGAAUAUGGCAACCCACCAAUUUACAUCACUGAAAACGGCAUCUCAGAGAGAGGCGCAAUGAACUUAAAUGACACCCAUAGAAUUCACUUUUAUGAGAACUACAUCAAUCAGGCCCUGAAAGCAUACUUGCUUGAUGGUGUGGAUAUUCGUGGCUACACUGCAUGGUCUUUAAUGGACAAUCUGGAGUGGGCAACAGGCUUUGAUGAGAAGUUUGGACUCUUCUAUGUAAAUCGAUCAGAUCCUUCUCUUCCCAGAAUAGCAAAAGAAUCAGCAAGAUAUUAUGGCUCUAUUAUCUCUUGCAAUGGUUUCCCAGAUCCAGCACAUGGUCCUCAUGAGUGUCUUACCCCUGAACCGGAAGGAACAACUUCUCCACCUUCCCCCGAUGGAGACAUGGUAGUCAAUUUCCUGGGUAUGGAAAUAUCUCCUUCUGAUGCUGAGACUGGUCUCUAUGUUCUCUUCAGCCUCUCCAUUGUUGCUGCAGUUUUUGCUGUCCUUAUGACGUACCAAUGCUGCAAGGCCAAAAAAAGAUCUAAGCGCUGUAUCAGGGAUGACAUUGCCCUGGAGAAAAAGUUUUAA